AUGUUCCUUUAUAAUCACAAAGAAUGGAAAGAUGCUAUUCUCCUACAUUUGGGAUUAUUAGAGUUAGAUUACGCUGUUCUGAAUGAGGAACCCUCCGAGGUUACUACAGAAAGCACUGACGAAGCCAAGCAGCUUCGUGCACGAUGGGAGAGAUCCAAUCGGUUAUGUGUGCACCUCAUUAAGUCAAAAAUUUCGAGAGAAAUUCGUGGUUCCAUUGAGGAAAUUCAGAAAACCAAGCCUCUGCUCAAGGCCAUUGAUGAUCAAUUUGUUGACUCAAAGAAAUCAUCGGCAAGUACUCUAAUAAUGCGAUUUAUCAAUCUUCGUCUUACCACUGUUAAGGGCACGCGUAAACACAUCAUGCAAGUAAGGGAUAUUGCAGCUCAACUAAAGAAGCUGGAAAUCAUUUUACCAGAUACUUUUGUGGUGCAUUUUGCACUUAAUACCCUUCCUCAAGAAUAUAGCCCCUUUAAGAUUUCUUACAACACACAUAAAGUAGAUUGGUCUAUCAAUGAGUUGAUAACCAUGUGUGCGCAAGAAGAACAAAGGCUUAUGACUGAGAUUGGGGAAAACGCUCUAAUGGCCACAACAAAGUAUAAAAGAAAAUCUGGAAAGUCCAAGGGAUCCACCGUAGCAACUAAGGGCAAACUGCCCCCAAAAGCUGACAUUAAGAAGAUACAGAAGUGUUUCUUUUGUAAAAAGAAGGGACACAUGAAGAAGGACUGUAUCAAAUUCAAGAAGUGGAUGUCCCAAAAGGGCUAUGACAAAUCUGAGACAGCCAACGGGAACUGA